AUGGGGGCCGUGCCCGGACAGUCACACGAGGUGGAGGCAGGCGUGGCGCGGCUUGAGCGUUUGUCGAAUUGGGAUGGGUUGUUGCCACCGCUGAUUUGCGGUCCGAAAGUGAUCGAUGCGCCUUUUUCACGCCUGGGUACGAUAAAAAUGCGUACAACCAAGCUGGCGGAUGUUGGUGUUUCACUGCAACGAAAGGCUGUAGUUUUCGAAGGCUAA